AUGCACCUCCCCACCGCAACGCACACCUUCACUAUUCCGUCCCUCCAUGAUGGACUCAGGCUCGACUGCCGGAUCUACCAUCCACAAGGACAGUUGAAUCCCAGCAGUCCGUCAUGUCAGCGGAUACGAGGUGCGAUCGUUGCACAUCCGUACGCCCCUCUCGGAGGAUGCUACGACGAUCCGGUCGUGGCUUUUGUUGCAGGGGAGCUUCUCCGAGCUGGGUUCGUGGUGGGCACCUUCAACUUCCGUGGCGCCGGUGGCUCUGAAGGGCGGACAAGCUGGACCGGCAGGCCUGAACUGGCCGAUUACGCUUCUUUCUACGAAUUCAUGCUGCUCUAUCUGCAUCGCUUGAGAGACACACGCUCUACUUCAUCGCAGAAUGGCGGAAAUAAGCUUGAAGCGGUGCAGCUCGUAUUAGGCGGCUACUCAUAUGGGUCAAUGAUUGCAUCGUCUCUGCCGCACCUAGAUCUGAUUGCGGAUGUUGUCAGGCAAAGUAACCAUGGUACUCCCAUGCAUGAGAUCUACCAAAUCGCUCGAGAUCUUGUUUACUGUUCAGAGGAAGACAAGGACAUUCUCGAACAACAGAAAUACACGCCUCAGGAGAUGAAAAAAGUCGCGGGCACCAUUGAGAGAACAAGGGUCGCCUAUUUACUUAUCUCACCCAUCUUGCCCCCAAUCAACCGGUUUCUGACAUUAUUUGCCAAGCUGUCGCUUGACAUCGGACCGUUUGAGUCGUCUCAGAGGCAGUCGAUUCCUUGUCCGCAGCCAGCAGACCAGGUGUGCGCGCAUGAAACACUUGCUCUCUAUGGAAACCAGGAUACGUUCACAUCCGCACAUAAGUUGCAGACUUGGUCAAAAGAGCUCAGCCAGAAUCCGUCAAGUAAGUUCCAGUCGGUUGAGAUCGAUGGAGCAGGGCAUUUUUGGAUUGAGGAUGGUGUCCGAUCUCAGGCCAGAGACGCUAUCAGGAACUGGCUAUGUCGAAUUCGUUAA